AUGUGGACCAUCGUCGUCGCUGAGCGCGUCGGUUCCGUCCUGUCCAUCAUCGGCUCGCUCUUCAUCGUGGUGACGUUCGCUUGGAAAGAUAGCUUCAAGAAGCCGAUCAACCGCAUGAUCUUCUUCGCCUCGUUCGGCAACGUACUCGCGAAUACAGCCACCAUGUUCUCCACCUCCGUCUUGGAGCUCGACCACAGUACUGGCAGGCCGACUUCCGCCUGUCGUGCUCAGGGGUUUCUGAUCCAAUCCUUCAUCCCGUCCGACGCUCUGUGGGCUGCCUGUAUGGCCUGGAACGUCUACAUCACCUUCUUCGGGCACCACACCCCCCAGAGCCUCCAGAAGUUCGAGAUGCGGUACAUCGCCAUUUGCUACGGUCUCCCGUUGACCGUCUCCUUAUCCUUCCUUGUCGCGGAUUCAAGAACUCAGGAGCCAAUUUAUGGGCCAGCGACCAUCUGGUGCUGGGUCACGCGCGACUACGAUUGGAUGCGCCUCGCUUUCUUCUACGGACCUGUCCUCGCCAUUAUCACGGCGACUUUUAUGCUCUACGCAAUUGUGUUCGUCAGGUACAUCCGCACGAAUGCUCGCGCUCUCCAGAACAUAGAAACGCCCCUCCCGCUCUACAACUUUGGGUUGGGCUUUGUCAACUCCAAUUUGCAAGACUUCAGCGAGAUUCAAGCCGUUACAAACAUCGACGUCACCACAGAGACGAAGCGCGCUCGCUCGGACGAGACGACCCUCUCGUCAUUCACCAGCACCACCCCUCUGACGUCAUAUGCGGCUGAGCAACAUGGCGCGCGUGACACGCAUACCGCUGAAGACAUCCAACCUAUGCAUAACAUCGUGAUUUCCGGAGGCCAGACCCUGACGCCCGCUGAGCAGGCGGCCAAGAACGCGAGGACCUAUCUGCUGACCGCAGCUCUUGUUUGGCUAGUAUUGUUGGUCGUCUGGGUUCCGUCAACCAUCAACCGCAUCCAAGGCAUGAUAACGCCCUCGACGCCCAACUACGGCAUGAACCUCGCCGCAGCCAUCGUCCUCCCGCUCCAAGGCUUAGGGAACGCUAUCAUCUAUGGCGUCACCUCGCGCCACGAGAUCAAGGACAUCUUCUUCCGGAGGCGAAGCCGGGACCGUGCUUGA